AUGGCCAACUAUCUCGCCUCCAUUUUCGGUACCGAGCAGGACAAGGUCAACUGCUCCUUCUACUACAAGAUCGGCGCCUGCAGACACGGCGACCGCUGCUCGCGCAAGCAUGUCAAGCCCUCGUACUCGCAGACCAUCCUCCUUCCCAACCUCUACCAGAACCCGGCCUACGACCCCAAGAACAAGAUGAACGCCAGCCAGCUGCAGAACCACUUCGACGCGUUUUACGAGGAUUUCUGGUGCGAGAUGUGCAAGUAUGGCGAGCUGGAGGAGGUCGUCGUGUGCGACAACAAUAACGACCACCUUAUUGGCAACGUCUACGCAAGGUUCAAAUACGAAGACAGCGCACAGAAGGCUUGCGACGACCUCAACUCGCGCUGGUACGCCGCCCGCCCCAUUUAUUGCGAAUUGUCGCCCGUCACCGAUUUCCGCGAGGCGUGCUGUCGCCUGAACAGCGGCGAGGGCUGCGUGCGCGGCGGCUUCUGCAACUUCAUACAUCGUAAGGUUCCGAGCCCGGAGCUUGAGCGCGACCUGGAGCUCUCGACGAAGAAGUGGUUGAAGAUGAGGGGUAGGGAUGAGAGGAGCGUCAGCAGGAGCCCGAGCCCGGAGCCGACCAGGAGGAGGUGGUAA